GCCGCUCCCCCCACAGGGACCAUGUCCACCCGGCGCCUCCGCAGCGAGGACUACAAUGACUACAGCUCCACGGACGUCACGCCCGAGGGGAGCCCACCCGACGGCAUGAACGGCUUCGCCCACCCUGAGUCCUACCAGCGCUUUGGGGAGACCAACGGCACAACCUGGUACCAGACCCUGAUCCACCUCCUGAAGGGGAAUAUCGGGACGGGGCUGCUGGGGCUGCCUCUGGCUGUGAAGAAUGCCGGCAUCCUGCUGGGUCCUCUGAGCCUGCUGGUGAUGGGAGUCGUGGCUGUGCACUGCAUGGGCAUCCUGGUGAAGUGCGCCCAUCACUUCUGCAACAGGUUCCAGAAGCAGUUUGUGGACUAUGGAGGUGCCGUGAUGUACGGGCUGGAGGCAACUCCCAGCGCAUGGCUGCGGACACAUGCCAUCUGGGGAAGGCGUAUGGUGGGACUUUUCCUGAUCAUCACUCAGCUGGGUUUCUGCUGUGUGUACUUUGUCUUUCUGGCUGACAAUCUGAGACAGGUCGUCUCUGCUGCAAACGGCACCACCAAUGACUGCAGCUCGAACAGGACGGUGGUGAUGACCCCCACCAUGGACUCCCGGCUGUACAUGCUUUCCAUCCUGCCUUUCGUGGUGCUGCUCACCUUCAUCCAGAAUCUCAAGGUCCUGUCCGUCUUCUCCAUGCUGGCCAACGUGGCCAUGCUUGUCAGCCUUGUUGUGAUCUACCAGUACAUCGUCAGGGACAUUCCUGAUCCCAGAGACCUGCCUCUAGCAGCAGCCUGGAAGACCUACCCCCUGUUUUUUGGCACCGCGAUCUUCGCUUUCGAAGGCAUCGGCGUGGUGCUGCCUCUGGAGAACAAGAUGAAGAAGCCCCGGCAGUUCCCAGUCAUCCUCUAUGUGGGGAUGACCAUUGUCACCAUCCUGUACAUCAGCCUGAGUGUCCUGGGGUACCUGCGCUUCGGGGCAGACAUUCAGGCCAGCAUAACACUCAACCUGCCCAACUGCUGGCUGUACCAUGCUGUGAAGCUGCUCUUCUCCGUCGGGAUUUUCUUCACGUACGCCGUGCAGUUCUACGUGCCCGCCGAGAUCAUCAUCCCCCCCCUCGUGGCCCGGGUGUCGGAGCGCUGGGGCUGGGUGGUCAACCUGCUCCUCAGGGUGGCCCUGGUCUGUGUCACAUGCGUGCUGGCCAUCCUCGUCCCGCGCCUGGACCUCGUCAUCUCCCUGGUGGGCUCCGUCAGCAGCAGCGCCCUGGCUCUCAUCUUCCCCCCGCUGCUGGAGAUCGCCACCUACUACGCCGAGGGCAUCCACCCCCUCGUCCUCGCCAAGGACAUCGCCAUCAGCCUCUUCGGCUUCGUGGGCUUUGUGGUGGGGACGUACGAGGCGCUGGUGGAGCUGGCGGCGCCCGCCACCACCAUCGUCAACGCCACCAGUGUCGCGGUGCAGUGACGGCCCCCCCGCCCCGCGUGCCGUGCUGGGGGCGCGCAGGCACCGGGCGCUGCUCUCCUGGGAAGGGCCUCCCUCUCCCCUCUGCUCUCGGGGAGUGUGGUGGGUUUGGUCUGCGAGAGGACGGGGCUGCCCGCCGUCAG